UAUUAUGUAAUUAGGACCGUAUAAAGACCGAUAAAAAGUAUUGCAUCUACUUAGUACAUAGUUCUUGUUCUUUUCCAAUCCAACUACAUUUGUUAAGUGUGUAAUUUUUAGUUAUCAUUUGAAAUUCUUUUAUUAGCAGCAGAGAUUAAAUAUUUUCUUGUGGACUACACUUUGGCCAUUUACAUUUCACGCUGAGUAUAUUUGUUGUGUUAAUUUCAUGAAAUAAAUAACAAAACUUAAACGACGUACGCACGCUAAUACACGCACAUACGUACAUAAUAGAACUUCGAAAACUAGUGACUACGUCACACAUCCCUAUUUGCGUCUGUGUUUCGGCCGAUUCUGGCAACUCUGCUGAGUAACCACACCAGUCCAGUAACAGACACCAGUAUGGCAGUCAUCUGCCACUAAUGUGUAGGGCAAUUAUUGUUUGUGAAAUUUUUAUAGCUGUGGCCGUGAGUGCACCGUAAAUUAAACGAUGACGCAUUGAGAUUGAAUUAAUCAAUGUAACGUUGAAGAAUGAAUUACUAUUACGUGAAGAUUUUAUUCUCCGAUUUUUCUUAACGCUGCCUUGGUAUAUACGGGUCCAAAGUCAGCACAAUAUCGAUAUUGACAGGUGGUAGUUGUCAAUUACUGCUCGUCCCUUUGGAGGUUAUUGCACUAUGUUUGCAACGCUAAAAAAUAAAAUACGAGAGGAAAUUGGGAGCGAUGUGUCAACAGUUGUUAGAAAUGCCGGCAACGUGCGCGGCAUUAAUUCUAGGCAUAUGUCUCAGGCAGGAUCUACAAGUAGUAUUAGUGGAUCACAAAUUUCAUUAGAUGGUUCUCGUGAAGAAAAUGCAGCAUCACCUUCUCCACCUAUUUCUUUGAAAAGAGAUAAUAGUUUUGACAUUAAAUUAAGUGAUGGUAUGCAACUUUCUGCAAAAGACAUUAAAAGGUUUGAAACAAGAGAAGAAGAAUGGCGAAAAAGGUUAGCAAAGAAAGAAGUAGAGAUGUUGAAAAGAAUGGAAAAAAAAGAAGAGGAGUGGAAAGUAAGAUUACUUGAAAAAGAAAAGGAAUGGAAGAAGUUAGCAGAAAAACAAGAGAAAGAAAAAAGUAAAUUGGAAGAAGAAUUACAAAAUGUAGAACGCAUAAAAAAUUCAUUAGAAUUAUCUUUAAAGGAUGCCGAAGAAUACAAAAAAAAAUUAUACAGUUUUAAAGAAGAUGCAGAACAAUUAGAGGAUUUACAGACACAAGAAUUGGCCAAAGUUAAAUAUUUGUUACUAUUUAAGGAACAAGAAGUGGACGAAAAAACGCAACAUUUAAAGGCAGCCACUGCAGAAAUCGAUAGUUUGAAGUCUGAAGUAUCACGUCUCAGGCGGUAUGAAGAUGAACUUAACAAUGUACAGGAUGAAAUGGAGACAUUACGACAUUCUACACAGCGAGAAAGAACUCAACUUUCCUGUCAAUUAGCACAAACUGAGGAAGAAGUACGUCACUUGAAGGAUAAAGUUUUCGUGUUAGAUCAAAGAGUUGCUUUAGGAACUAAUGAUCAAGUGACAGUGGAUGAGAGAAUAGCCGAUCUUAUGAGGGAACGAGCAUUGUUAGAAAGAAAGUUAGAGGAGGCACAUCUUCAUUUGUCCGAUAUAAAGACUAGUUGGUCAGGGAAAAUAUCCAGCUUGGAAACACAAGUCGGAAGACUUAGCAGACAAGCUGGUGAGGAGGGCCUAGAAAGAAGACGAGUUGAAGAGGAAAGUGAGAAACUCAGACAGAGGAUCAAACAACUAGAAGCUGAUAUAGAGGUGAACAAUGUUGUAAUGGCAACGAAAGACGCCAAGCUUUUGCGCAUGGCAGAGGACAUCGACGAGAUGGCCACGGAACUGAAAGAGCUCCGGGCCAGCGUCGAUGAUGAGGUGGAAGAGUUUAAGCGACAAAUUGAAUCUUCAACGAAAGAGAUUGUCGAACUAAAGCAGGAUUUGGAAGAAGCAAAAGCAAAUCAUUCGGCAGCCACCUCUGAAGUAGCUCAUCUUCGCUUGUCGUUGGAAGGGGAACGAACAAAUAAUACUUCUUUACAUUUAGAAGUAGCACGUUUAAGAGAAGAUUUAGAAUCCGAACGAACAUCAUUAGCCACACUCAGGGUAUGUCUUGAAAAAGAAAGAGGAGAAAAGGACUCUGCAUUGCUGAGAAACGCACAAGUUUCUCAAGAUAUCGAAAUUGUGAGGCAAGAAAACCGUCGACACGAAGUUGAAAAUACGGAACUGCAGAACAGAGUUGAAAAUUUAGAGCACAAUUUGCAAAGUAAAACUAAGGAGAUGGUGGAUGCAACGGCAAAACUAGAAGGUACGAAACAGAGAAUGUCAGAAUUAGAAGAGGGAGAACAACACAGAGAAAAGAUGGAGAGAAAUGAAAAAGUUCUCAAAAAUAGUUUAAUGGACCUAGAAGAGCAGUUAAAUGAAAAAACUAAGACAAUUAAAGUCUUGCAACAACGAUUAGCGGACAUGAAAAAAACUCUUCAACGAGAAUUAAGAGUGCCGUCAUCGUCAUUGGAUAGCGAUGUGGAACCCUCAGCAGCAAUACUUAAACCGAGUUCGUCAAAGACUGUCACUGCUAGGCAUAAUAAUACAAGAGAUGACGACGUUAAUUUUAAAUAUCUUAAACAUGUCCUCAUAAAGUUCCUAACGAGUAGAGAAUAUGAGGCUCUUCAUUUAACGAGAGCUGUCGCUACUCUACUACACUUUUCACCGGAAGAGGAGCGGUUGCUUCAAGAAACCUUAGAAUGGAAAAUGUCGUGGUUUGGGACUCGGCCUAAUUUGGGUUUUGGGCAAACUGCUAAAGCCAUACCACCCAGCUGAUAGCUGAAACAAUUUCCUCUUCCCAUAGGUAUUAUAAAAGUGGUUGCAGAUUCAUGGUUAAAAUCGAAAAGUUGGAUUGCAUCUGUGGCCAGCCCCAAAUGAUGGGAAAUGUUAGAAAGAUUAGCAAAAAACGAACAAAUUUAUAUGCUAGAAAUUUCAUAAAUUUUGUAAAAUAUGUAGCAUUUACGACAUACACAUAUAAUUUAUUCAUAAUGGCUAGGAACAUUCAUUACAGUUAACUUAAAAAAUGCACCAUAUAAUUGGUAGUAUGAAAAGUUGUUUUAACUAAGAUUUGUAAGAUAGAUAUAGGAUUGUUUCUGCCGAUAUUUAUUAUAUACAUUGGCAUUACAAAAUAAAUUAGCAUAAGACAUUAUACACAAUA